AGAGGAAACUGUAAGCACCCCUUAGCAAGGACAUCCCUUCCGGGACUAUGCUUGCUAACCUAUGACACCCUCUGAGACCCUGCAGGGGCUGGUGCCACCCUUGCAGAGUCUGAGCGAGAGCCUUCUGUUCCAGAGGAGAGGUAGCCAGGAGGCCUGUUCCUGGAGGUCUCAGGGAAUCUGGGGCUGAGGACUGCUCACUGUUCCUUUCAGGAAUGUUUCUGCCUUAGUCUGGGCAUACGAAGAUUCCAAGGAACUGUUCUAGGUCAGGAUAUGGUGCAUUCAGAGUAGUGCUGCAGAGGCAGUAGGUUGUCUUGAGCUCUUCUUCCUCUUGGCCUGCUCUGUUAAACAAAGUUUGCACUAUCAUACUGUUACCAGUCCUGCUGUCCUUCUUUUCUACAUUGCAUUUUUAACUUGCAGAAAGACUGGCCAGAUUUGACAAGGGUAUGGAGAUAGUGAAGCAGUUGCGUUCUUGCUUUCUUUAGGAAAUGGCAGUCAUAGAAACAAACAAACAAAAAAGCUUCCAGUUGGGGAGAAUGCUGAAUUCUUGCUGAACACCAGAGGUCCUCUUAUUGGAGAGUUGUGAUGUAACAUCACAGAGUUUCAGCAGUCAUUCCUAGGCUUCAGCUAGCCCUCAACCAUCUGUGGGACAUACUUCUCAAUGUUUAGCAACAAACACCCUAUUUCAGGUGAAUUGCUCACUUUUCUGCAGCAGAAAUGGCUUUUGUUUUCUUUGAAACAGGUAAAUGCUUAAGAACUGUAAGUUUAAAUGAGUAGUAUAUGGAAGUAAAUAGUCCAUUUGCAUUGUUGGCCAAAGUCUUCAGAAUAAAGGGUUAAAAAAUCAGUGCAUCCAAAAGGUUUCAGGUUUCUGAUUUUCAGUAUGCCCUGCUGCUUUUAAAAAUACCCAGUUUCUUCAGAUGGGCGAAAUUACCUGUUUCUGUUUUAAGAGGAAGCUUUCAGAUGUGGAUGCUCAGAAAUACGGUGAUAUUAAUAGGCGAUCAAAUGACAGCCUCCAGUUUGAAGGCAAGUACUAAAUCUUAGGGCUGCUGGUCUCUGCUGACGCUGGAGGGAUUGCUGUUCACCUGGCACAUGCACAGACAGCCGAGCACUCUGGGGUAGAUGGGAUUUACUGCUCCAGUCAUCAGAAAUUACAGUUGUGUAUAUGUGGUUCUUUUGGAAAUUGCACGAACAAGCUGUAUGGUCAGCUGAAACCACAAACAUUUCCUGCUGUUCCUGUCCAGCCAGAGGUGUUGGAGUGGACAGGACUCUUCAUUAUCUGGGAGUCGAAGAGUUGACUUGUUUUAAUCUAAUGAGAAUUCACACUUCCCUGUCAUUUCCUUUUCGUCAAUGCUGUAUCUCCAGCCUCAGUUUCAGUAUUGACCUGUGGUGCUUGUGGUAGUUAAAAAACAGAACGAAAAACCCCACCUUCCUCUCUAAUGUUGAAAAUAGCAUUGAAAAUAUUGUAGCAGAAACAUCAACUUCCUCACUGUGACAUAGCUGAGGCCUGUUUGAAGGGGGAUUCCUCAUGAUUUAGGCUCCUUGUUCAUUAGUUGAAGGCUUAGAAACCAGCUCCUCAGAGUUUACCUGCAACAGCUUAAAAAUAUGAUGUAGACUCUGAACUGUUUUGUUUCAUGGAUUUGAGUAAGUUUGAGACUUAUUUUGAUGUCAUGUGGUGUAGUUCCUUUAGUUCUAUGUAGAUCUCUUGAGCUCGAGUCCAAGACCUGGAGUGGACUUGGCUAAAACCAUGUUGUGAAUAGGACCUGGUUGUAGAGCACUAAAGGCAAGUGGGAGAGGGGUAGGUUGCAACAGAGAUCUCUCUCUAAUCCCACAGACAUCACACAAGUCAGGAGAAGAAGCAUAAAUGAUGUAUCCAAGUGGUUGGCGUUGCAGGCUGGGAGUUACCCAAACCCAGUCAUGGUAACCCUGUAUUCUCUGGAAGUAAUGCUCUGUACCUGCUUCCUUCCACUUGUCAAAAGAACACCCAACCCUAACAACCACACAAACAAAGCUAAACAAAACAAAUUCUCCCCCGCCUCCCCUCAUCUAUUAGUUAUUUGGACAAGCGUUUUAAAAUUUUCAAGAAGCUUAGAACAAUUUCUGAUUCUUUUGCUGCUCUUAUCUUUGUCCAUCUCGCCUUCCUGUAGCCUGAUUUUUUUAAUGUAAAAUUUGUACAUUAUUGACAACAGGAUUACAGGUUUUGCUUGUAAGCUUCCUGGAGCAUGGGUAAUGUCUCUCCUUUUCUAUCAAUCACUUGUUGCAUACAGGGGUAGCACAAGCAAUUUGAAAAAUGUUAAAUUACAGUAAGAUUUAUGUAUAUACUGGCUACAUGGCUGUAUUUUUGUGUGAAAUGCUUGGUCUGGUGGAAUGUGCUUUUUCUCAGUGAGCAAGCCAGUAUCACCUUGGUUAAACAUGGUAGCUGUGUUAAAAAGUACCAGCAGACCAUAUGUAGGGUUAGGUCUCAUAAGCUUACAAUAAAUCAUUGAAGCUGAAAGACAGUUCCAAGAGCCUUCUGAAAUCUUAACCUGAACGGCAGUAAAUUUUUGAACUUGAAACUUGUUUGGGACUUUCUGAUUGUAAAAGGUACUUUUUUAUUUUAAGCCUAGUGGAAAACAACUUGAGUCAUAGCAGUAUCUUGUUAUAUAAAAGAAGGAAAAAGAGGUAUUUUAGGCAAAACCAAGUAGGGAUCCUGCUACAUCAGACCUUAUGGAUGGGGUUGAAAUUUUCCAGGAAGUUACCACUGUCUACAUUACUGAAAUUGGUUUUCCUGUUUUUUUUCUCCCUGUUCUGUGGUCAGAUGGAGUGCUUGCUACAGCAGCAUAGUUUUGGGGAAGUAGGAAAGGUGGUCAUUUUGGCGAGCAUACCUCUUCUAAAGGUAGUGGCUUUUUGCCAGUCUGAAUACGGGAUUGCUUGUCAGUAACUGAGCUGGUGGUACUCUAGUAGGACCUACUAAGUUAGUGAUGUAGGCUGAACACCUGUCUCCAAGUCAAGAUUUUCAGUGUCUCCAACAGGGAGAGAAUUUCACUGGCAGAAGACAUACAGAUUUUGCCUAAUAGUGUGUAAAAAACCAUAGUUAAAAUCGGGAGUGUAUCUUGUACUGUUGAGAGAGCUUGGCUUGAGGGUCUGACCCAAGCCUUCCUGAAGGGAGUAGCGAAAUAUUCUCACUUGAGGCAGGAUGGAGAAUGUAUUAGUUCCAGAACUAUUAAAAAUAUUGCUGGCAAUAGACCUACAUUUGAUUUAGCACUUGCUUUAUCCUGACCUUCUUCUGCUGAUUAGGGGCUAAAGAAUUUUCACUGUGUUACUAUGGGCAUGUAUGCUUGUUUGGUAUUCACAGCAGGUGAGCUUUUCACAUGAGGCAGAGGGUGAUAACGCUUUUCUUUUGUGCUGAGGCAAUAAUGACCGUUUCCUUUAGCAAAGCAAAUACCUCAGUGGAGUGUGUAGACCAAAACACCUGAGGUGUUCCACAGUGCCAGUUUCAAGAGAAUGUUUUUUCCAUGCAGAAGUCUAACUAUCAGGAAUGUGGUUUUGCACAGGGAGCCUCCUUGAAAGUCAUGCUUGGUCAUCUCCAUAGCCUCCAGGAGCUGCCACAAUAAGGCUGCCCCACUUUGAGGUCGAUAGUGAUUCUUUCUGGUGAAGGUCUAGUUGUUUCACAAACCAGUAAAUCCUCAGUCCUCAGCUCAGCAUUGGAACAUCCAUUAGUGGGGAGAUCUUCCCUUCUGAAAACUCCUACUGCAGGUCUUUCCUUCUUGAACAUAACAAUGGGCUUGAGCAGCAGUAAAUUUGUGCUGGGAAAACUCAGCGUGCUUGUCAGCACUAGGGAGCACAGCAGAGAAAGGAAAUGUCUAUGAAACCACAGCCUUGGGUGCUCAAAUGUGUGUCUGCUCUGGUGAGCGAAAGGGUGUGAGGCCAUCUGAAAAGUUAAAUAUGGUCCUCUAUUUCUCAUGGUCUUCUUUCUGGUAACUGGGGAUCACCUAGGUAAAGGCUUUUGACAGGUUUCAGGAAUUGGCUAAGGGUCUUGCCUUAAUUGUCUGCCUACAAUUUGAAUGAUGUCAAAGGCUUUUGCUCAUGGCUUUUUACAGUAGACGGGCUUAGUCAUUUCAACAGAAAUUAAAAUUCUCUUAUCUAAUUGACUUCUCUUUUCUUUUUAUAGGAUCCAUUUUGCUCCUAUUUAUGUAGUAAAAAACCCAUUUUACUGACAAGUAGGGGUUGCAAUGACACUGCACAAUGUAGUGUGCUUUCCUCUGUUGCCUGCCUGGGUUAUAAAUAAUGCAGCAACUUUCUUUUCCAAUAGUACUGCUUCAUGGUGGUCUUGUGAUGAGGUGUGUGGCGUUGUGAAAGUUUAAAUGGAGCAGAGAAGAUCCCUCCUCUCCAGGGAUGUUUGGAGUUUAGGUUGGACUUGAUGAUCUCAAAGGUCUUUUCCAACUUUUUGUGUAAUUCUGAGUCCAAGGAGUGAGGAGUCAAGGGUUGUGGCUGUUCUGCUCUCACAGCCGUUCUGGGCAGCAGGGAACCCACAUGUUCCUUUAGUUGUGAUCUUAGGAGCAUGCCCCUAUUUCUGUGGCAUUAACCUGCCCAGCCAGAGCUUAGUGGAUCAGAGAAAGUGUUGUGCCAGAGGUAGGACAGAGGAGGCUGUGUGCUGCCCCUUUAUCCUGUGAUUGCCUGGGCACUGUUUUACACAGCAGCAGGCCAUCCUGGGUCCCAAAGAAUUUCCAGGAGUCUGGGUGUGAUGCAAAGGCAUCAUCGUCACCUGGAAACAUCCAGGAAGCAACGGUGAGGCUUGCAGCAACCAGCAACCACUCUUUGGAUUAAACAGGAUACCACUACAAGGGGUUCAGCCACCCUGCUUCCUCCCACAAAGUAUGCAAGUAGUGGGAUUUCUGACUGGGAAAGGUCAACCUUGCUGUGGUGUGUUGCCUUGUGACCAUGGCAGAGGUGCUCCCCUUCCACAGUGGGGCCACCCCAACCCUCCCUCGGGGCAGAGGGCACUGCAUCUGCAAGAGCUGUCUGAAGCAUCCAAGGGGUCCCAGAGGUCAACCCCUCCUUGAGCCUCCAACCCUUCCUGCUGCCUAAAAUUGGAUUUGAGGCAUAUUUCUUUGCCACGAGGUAAGGAAGAAGCAGAAAACAUCAGGUGGCCAUGGAGAAGUGCCUGUCAGUCUUUGCUGUGGAGAGGCUGAGUGUCUCUGAAGCAGCCUUUCAACUGAGGCACCAGCAGGCUGGAAGGGGUUGUUUGGUUUUUGAUGUUUCAUUGUAGUGUCCCAGAGCAGGUUCCCUCAGACACGGAGGUGUUUGAAUGAGGCUUUGCAAUAUUGGGUGCUAAGCAAAAUGUUGGUUUUUAAAAAUACUUUUUUCUGUGUAUCCCUGAAGGCCAGGAAUUUGCCAGAUGCACGGGAAUGAGGCUAUGCUAACUUGGUACAGCAACCCUGGUGGAAAACUUUUCACUUGACCCAGAAUUCAUAUGCUAUGUUCUCACUACCCAAUGUUCUGGAUCCCUGCUGGAGUGAGUUUGACUAACCUUUGCCUGUGACUAAGAAUAGAAAUGUGUUGGGAACCUCUCUUAUUUUAUUUUCCUUUUGGAAAAUGAAGCGGAAGUUUAUCAAACGAUGGUUAUAUGAGAGCUUGGCCAGCCAAAUGAGGAAGUAAAACCUUCCUAUAAAAUUACUUCUGCCCACUGCACUUCUUUGCUCUCAGCUGACAUCAGCCUUACCUUUAAAUACAAGUUGGUGACUUCCUUGUGAGCCUGGUACUGCUCUGAAUCCAGCUUCUGGCUGGAGCAUGGUGCGACAACACUGCUGGGACACAGAAAGAGCAACUGCCAGAAGCUGAUGCCUGUGGGACAUAGCUGGGAAGACAGGAGCACUGAGUUUAAAGGAACGUAAAUGUGUGCUAAAAUGGCACUGGCCAGUUCAAUUUCUAGCAAAGUGGUGCCACCACGCUCCAGAAAAGUUUCUGCAGCAGGGGUGGAAGUGUACCAGAGCAAGCUGGAUUUCUUCUGCAAGCUGGGCUAUGGUAAGCAGGACAUCUGCAAAGUGCUGGAGAACCUGGGCCAAGAGGCCCUGGAGGAUGAUGUGCUGAAAGAGCUGAUUCGGAUGGGGAGCAAACCUCAAGCUCUGGAGAACCAGGCUCAGCCUUCCCAGCUAAAGCUGGUUGCCCGUGGAUCAUGUAGCACCACACCAGGGCUGAAGUGGCUUGAAGAAGAUGAAAGUGAUGCUUCCAAUUGCUUGAGACCCAUUGUGAUCGAUGGCAGCAAUGUUGCAAUGAGUCAUGGAAACAAAGAAGUAUUCUCCUGCUGGGGGAUCCAGCUGGCAGUGGAUUGGUUUCGAGAGAGGGGGCACACUUACAUCAAGGUUUUUGUCCCGCUCUGGAGAAAGGAGCCCCCUCGACAGGACAGCCCCAUUGCAGAUCAGCACAUUCUUGAAGAGCUUGAAAAGCAAUCUAUCCUGGUCUACACACCCUCCCGGAAGGUGAAAGGCAAGAGGGUGGUUUGCUACGACGAUCGCUACAUAGUGAAAGUUGCUUAUGAGAAGGACGGAGUCAUUGUUUCCAAUGACCACUACCGGGAUCUGCAGAAUGAAAACCCCGAGUGGAAAUGGUUCAUUGAGCAACGACUGCUCAUGUACUCUUUUGUCAGUAACAGGUUUAUGCCUCCUGAUGAUCCAUUAGGCCGGCACGGACCCACCCUUAGUAACUUCCUCAGCAAAAAGCCAGUCCUUCCUGAAAAAAAAUGGCAGCCUUGCCCCUAUGGUAAAAAAUGCACCUAUGGCAAUAAAUGCAAAUUUUACCAUCCAGAGAGACCACAUCAAGCUCAGCUUUCAGUUGCUGAUGAGCUUAGGGCCAAAACAAAGGUCCCGUUGGCCCUGGGGAAAGAGGAGGAGAGGUGUCAGUGCUCCCCAUACACGGCCAGACAGCCUGCACCCUGCGAUGCCUGCACAGAAACUCUGCAAGAAGCCAGAGGCUGCUCUGGGCCUUGCUGCUACCCAGGCAGGUCCCAGAGGAGCUGUCCUGAGCAGACAUCCCCUGCCUGGGCUGGCGGUCCUGGCUCUGACCUGGGGCUGGAGCAGCGCUUGCCACAGCAGGAGCCGCUCCUGGAGAAGAUGUCAGCAGUGUCCAUCAGCGACGGCACCUACGGCUGCAACUGGUCCUUAGGCACCUCUCAGGACAGGGGGGCCAUGGACAGCCCUCACCACUGUGCUGACCUCAGGGACAAGCUGUUCUCACUUCAUCACCCUCAGAGCUUGGACCACACCAGCUCACCCAGGUGCCCUUUCCAGCAAAGGAUGCUCCCACCUGCAUGGGGUGGGAUGUGCUCAGAGCACAGCUGGGCUCAGGAGUGCCGUGGUGUGCACAGAACAGGUCACAGGAGCCAUCACAUCCCCCAGGGUGCUCAGCACAAACAGGCCCUGGAGACACAGCACCAUGUUUUGCUGCAGCCCACAACUCUGUCCCCUGACAGGUUUCCCCUGUACAGCCAGCACCAGCAGCAGCAGCACCACUGUUUCCCCAGCCAGCCCCCAGGGCAGCCCUUUCAGCUAGAUUCCAGCAACGGAAUGGGCUUAUUCCAGAAAGCCCAUGUGUACCCCAGUGCCUCUUACAGGGAAUACUGGCCCACCCCAGCUGCAAGGCCUCCCUCUGCCCAGCAAGUAAACAUACACAGGGAGCUGUGUUCCCCUUAUCCUUACAGUGAGAUGAGCCAGGUCACCACUUUGUACCCCAAUAUCAAGGAUAAGGGGACUGGAGUGCUUCCCCUAUGAAGACAGGCUGGGAAGGUCAGGGCUGUUCAGCCUGGAGAAGAGAAGGUUGCAUGGAGACCUCAUAGAAACCUUCCAGUACCUGAAGGGAGCCUAAAACGAAGCUGGAGAGGGACACUUAAUCAGGAACUCUAGUGACAAGACACAGGCGGACGGCUUCAAACUGAGAGGGGGUAGGUUUAGAUUAGAUUUUACGAUGAAAUUCUUCAUUGUGAGGGUGGUGAGGCGC